AUGUUACUGGUGUUCAUCAAUGAGGACACGGCCGCGGUCAUUCAGGUAGUGAACGGUAUUGAAGGCAAACACGGUACAUUCGUUGCUGUGAAGAAAACUGGAUAUUCUGGAAUCCAUUGGAUACUUCGUGAUGGUUUGACUAUUGCUCACCAUGAAACGGCACAUAUAUACCUCACAAACAGUCAAAUUCGUAUUCCCGACUUCAUCAAUCUUCGUUCGAAACCACUCAGUGGCUUGUCGAAGCACAUUGAUGGUAGUGAGAGAUUCGGAAUUAUUCAGUAA